AUGUUUCAGAAAUUCCUCUCAGACAUCCUCAACAAAGUGCUGGGGACCUUUAUUUACGGAAUAGAUGACGAGCAAUUCGGGAUAAGCGACCUCCUAAGCGGAAAGUUGGAGCUAACAAAUAUCCACCUAAAGCAGUCUGUUGUUGAUAUGAUUGAUAUCCCAUGUAGACUAAACUUUGGGUGCAUUGGAUACUUUAAAAUUAAUUUACCAAUUUUUUAUUUCAUGAAGAAUCCCAUCAAUGUGUACAUAGAAGAUGUGAUCCUGGUCCUGUCAACCAUCCCGCCAAAAUAUUUCGACGACAAAUUAUACAAGGAGAAAUAUAUAGAAAAUAAGAAGAACUUAUUACUAUCUUCAGAGUAUAGGGCUAUUGUGUGUUCCAUAGAAGGAGGCGUUAUCUGGCAAAUGCUACUCUCCGCAAUAAAUAAUAUAAACAUUUCAGUUAAGAAUGUACAUAUACGGAUAGAAGAUUUCACGAGCAAUCCUUCUUCCUGUUUUUCCUUUGGAAUCAGUGUCGAAGAAUUGUUCUUAAGCUUACCAAAAGAUGGGUUGCCCAUCAAGAGGGAUGGUUAUUACACCAAAAAAAAUGAACUGGUUAAUAACACCAUGAUAAAUAUGAUAACGAUUAAAAAGUUGGGCUUCUAUAUGGAUUACCUGGAUAUGAAAAAAAUUAUGAACAGAAAGUACCAUACACAAUGGGAUAAUCUGUACAUGAACAAUUCUAGCUCCUUCGAUGUUGCUUCCCACCAGGAGAAAAAAGACACUAUAUCACGGGGAAAAAGAAAAAAAAGGAAAAAAAAGGGCGACAAAAAAGGGGAAAAACAUUCGAAUAAUGCUACACACAGACGCCGAAACAAGGGGGAACACCUCAACAAAGUGAGAAAUAUCAAAUCGAAUGAAGAAAACUUGAACGACUUCCAAGAUAUUAUUAAAAAUGUUAAGAACAGCUUCUCAGGAACGAGGAGGAAUGAGCUGGAUGUAAAAAGUAUGAGCAAAUUUAAUCAAAAAAUUCACCAAAUUAAUAAACAGAUAUUACGAAACGAUCAGGAUGAUCACAAAAAAUCGAAGCAUGAUCCCAUUAUUGAGGGAAGCCUGACAGACACCAAUGCUGAUAACGCUAGUAGUUGCUUGGGCAAGAAAGAUGGGAAGUGCUCUUUAUCUAUUAGUAACUUUUACAACUUUAACCUUUUCUCCAAAAAGGAGGAAAAAAUACUGCCAGUUAAGCACAACCUGGGCAUCGACAAUGACGUCAGCUGGGUUGCCUGCAUCACCAAAUUUUCAGAGUCUCUAGAAAAUCCGGUCCUUAAGGGAAAGAAAAAUGAAAUGAUCAAGCGUAAAAGGAAAAGGAACGAAAAUAUGAACAGGAAAAAUGAUGACUUUUCCCUACAUGGCGAACAGAGGAAGAAUCACCUAAUGAAUAUCCACUCCCCAGUUAAGCACCCAUCGAAUGAUGCCAAGGAGGAAGGUCAAAAUUACCUCAACAAAGCGGUGUCUUUUUUCUCCCUAAACUCAUUCACCAACGUUAUUAAUAAAAAUUUGAUAAAUCGGACUAGUAAUAGAAGCAGUGAUGACGUGGUAAGUCCCACCAAUGAGAUCAUCAUCAGCGAUGGGUACUUCACCACCAGGGAAAAUGGCUCCGACCCGGAUUCCAUCUGUAGAAAUGUCUACCUUGGUAGGGAUACCUCACAGCGUGGUAAUACCCCCUUCAGAGACGUGAAGAAGCAGAAGAGAUAUGUACGCGUACAAAAUAGGAGAACCUAUUGCGGAGCGAACAAGUAUCACUAUGCGGUUGACGAUUGUAAGCAAAAUUCAGACGGGGAAGGAGGAUCCCCUUUUUUCGUAAAUCGUGAUAGUACAGUUUGUCUCAACUUUGCGAGUGACCCGGAAAUGAGAACCAGCAGGGGAAGACGUGGUGGUAUGAAGAGACCUGGAGAUGCGCAACGCAGGAGCCAAUCGUACGUCGCAGCCGAGUCGGAAUCACAAUUCGAGAAAGAGGAAAAAUUCACAAAGUAUGUAAAGAAAAACGAAAUAAAAGAAAAAAUACGCACCAGAAAAAGAAAAAAAAUACAAUCAGUCUAUCUAAUGUACGAAAAAACCUACAAAAUAAGCAAAGAAAAGUUGAACACAUUUUAUCUCUUUUUACAACUUAUAAAAAAUAUAAAGCAUGAGUAUGUAAUAAAUCCAAAUUGCUUUGAAGGGUAUGGUGAAAUUUAUCUCAGUUUAAUUCCAACAGACCAUGGGCGGCUUCCCUUUGCUCGAUGCUUCUCAAGCUGGGGCAUACAAAGAAGAAGUGAAAAGGAGUUUGAAGAAUGUCUACCUAAAUUAAGUGUCUUCAUCACCUUGAAGAAUAUAAAAAUAAUUUUUUCCGAUAAGCAAAUAUUAAAUUUUGUCAAGUGGAUAAACUUAAAUUUUGUUACGUACUCUGUUUGGAAGGCAGGAAUCCUCUCCCAGUUUGAGAAAGUCAAGGCGGACAAUGAAGACGAAAUUGCUUACAUAAACAAAUGGGUUCUAAAGCUCCUAGACACGCACACCUCCAAGGAGGAGAAACUAGAUGCAGAGAGAUUCUGCGAGCAGUUCGAAAACAAUCAUUCUAUAAAUAUAAUUAACUUGUUGAGGAGUAAGGCCUUCUGCAAGCUGCAGGAGUUCAGGAAGGAGGUGGAGUUGCGGGGCGGCGCCACGGGGGAGGAUACAAAAAACAUUCCGAAUGGGGGAAAUAACGAUGGAGAAGCACACAACCUCACUAACAUUGAUGAGGUGGAAAAUGGCGCUGUACCAGAUAAGGCUUCCCCGGAGGAAGACCAUGCAAACAGCAGUGCAGACGGAAAUGAUAAUCAAUUAAAACAAGUUGCGAACGAGAGUAUACACGUGCUGAAACUUUUGAUGAAAAAUCAAAAGGUGUAUAAUAAAAUUAAAAACUCUUUCCGGGAAAAAAUAUUCACCAUAGACAUUUGUAUAGACAUCUGCAUCAUUAACAGUACCUGCUUGGUGACGGUAGAAACGUGCAACCAAGUAAACAACAGAACAGUGAAUUUCGUCAAAACGUAUGCCCUGCUCAUGCAGUGCAUUCACUACCAUAACCAAAUAUCAAACACACACGAGUUGAAGAAUUCCAUGGAUUUAGAACUUUACCCUUUAACAUUACUUUUGGUAGUUAAAAAUUUAGACAACAAGUAUAUCAAGCCAGACAUAAACGUACUGUACAUACUGACCAACGCAGGUAAGAAAGACAACUACGAAAAUUAUCACAAAAAAUUUUUAUUUAAUGUGGAUAAUUUUGAGUUCUUAAAAAAGUACAAUUUACUGAAGAGGGAUAAUAAACGUAGGAAUGAUUAUGCGAAAGUGGGAGAUCGAAGUGACACCUUGAACUUUGGGAGCUUAAGACAGAAGCUGAAAUUUUUGGUGGAAGACAACUUUUUCUUUUUUCCAAAAAGGGACAAUAACAUCUACUGCAAUGAGCUAAAUAAUAUCAUCCUAUCCGACCCGUCCAUUUAUCUCAGAUAUGAUAAUCAGUCCUACACCAUUCUGGAGAAGCCAGACCAUCGACUCUUUUUGCACAACUGUGCUGACUCCAUAUUUAAUAUAAACGGAGAGAUCGUUAAAUCGUUUAUUGAUGAUUAUUUUCAUUUUUGCGACGUUAGAGAAGUUCUGUCAAAGAAGAAAGAAGAAACAGUCUCAUAUAAGAAGGAAUACUUUUUACAACUGGGCGCUAGAUACUGUAACGAUAUUUUAGAUAACUACACCACACACACGAACCUGUUCUUAGAUGUGGAACUUGAAAAGAUACUUUCCUUUGUCAUUACGAAAUCUGGAAAAGGGUCAGAAGUGCAGGGAUACAGCUUAAAUUUGAAUCCUGUGAAGAUCGUUACUCAGCUAACACAACGAAUGGUUUGUUACGACGAAUCGGUCACUAACAAAAAUGUGUAUGACUCCUUCUUCGUACAGUUUGAUGGAAUAAAGGUAAGACGUAUCCUAAACUGGGACCACGCAGCGAGGAAUUAUAAAACUUACUUGGAUGAGAACUUUAUAAGACCCUACCGCAUCUUAUUUCACUCGAAAAGUAAAGUUUACUUUGAUAGAAAGGAGGGUGGAAGGGACAAAUUUUCCUUCAACCUCAACCGGGGAAAUGGUUUACAUAGAAAUUCCCACCGGGGAAGUACAUUCGCAUGGGAUGGAGAAGUAGGAGUGAGUAAAAGUGAUGCAAGUAGCCAAUCUCACACUUCCCAAGGAAGUAACAAUGAGCAAAGUCACCCCCCUGAUGAAACACAACACAAUGACAAUAAUGAUAACAACCCGUACAACUCCAUUGAUAAAAAAAAAAAAUCAGAAAUUUUUAACUUAAAAAGAAAUGAAAACUACUCAGACAGUGAAUAUUCUUCCCUCUCAAAUUACAAACAAAGGAAGAGUAACAAAUUUUUAAGGUCCACCAGUUGUCCAGCUGUAAAAAAUAGGAAAAAUGCUUCCAUGGAGCAGGCCCGCCUGGAUGUAGAAAAGAGCAACAUAAAAGGAGCAUCAUACAACAUUGGCAACCUCAAAGGGGCCUACUGCAUGGACAAAACGUACAGCCCCUUUUUUUUUAAAACAUGUGCAAAUGAAUAUCAAGAGGAGGAUGAAAUGUUGGUGAAUCACAACUUCCUCGACAUGUACAAAAAAUCAUCAAACGACCCCACAUACAAUGAUAAGGACAUACAAAAUAGCUACUCAUACAUUAACGAAGAAAGUGGAAACUACGACAAAAGUGACGAUAAAUCUUCGAAUUAUGUUUUCUCCAUGAGUGAAAAGGCGUCCUGCACCAUCCACCUGUGUCACUUAAAAUUCAACCCAAAGUUCCCCAUGUUUAUCUGUAAGCUUAACGAAGAAAAUAUGUAUAUCAAUAUUUGCGAUUACGACGUGGAGUUUUUCUUUCUCAUUUUUUCCUACAUUUAUGGACACUACAACACGCAGCAGAUGGAAAAUAAAAAAAGAAAUAUUUUCUUCUUAAAAGAAAAAAUUAAGUCCAUGUGUAAAUUGAACCAAAAAUACUACAAGGCGUACGCCAAUGCUCACAAGGACAAACCGGUUGUGUCUUUGUUUAGAAAAUCUGGUGCUGCAUCGGUACACCUCAAGCGAAGACACCCUAGCAGAAGUAAGGAAACACACGAAAUGGCCACAAACAGUGAUACAGCUAGUCCUAUCCAUUCUGCUAGCCUCAAUGCAAAAGUUAAAAAGAGAAGAAAAAAGCUCAAAGCAGGAAAGUUCGACCAGAGGGACGACACCCAUGCGGAGGCCCCUCAGGAGGAUAUCACCAUAGAUGGCGAAAAAAAAAAAAAAAGAAAAAGUAAAAAACGUGACAAAAGUGGAUACUCACUUAGGAAAAAGAAGUCAUCCAUAUUUAAAUUGGCACCAUAUAGGAAGGGACGAACAGCAGAAGUGUUAAGAAGCCCAAAUGAGAUACUUCCCCUUGAGGGUAAAUAUAGCCGACAGAGGAGGGAGACGCUCGUUGGGUACUUAAGUGAUAGUCACGUGAGAACCACACAGGAGUUGUCCAUAUCGAAAUUAAGAGAAGAUUUGGCUGGAAUUUUUGGCGAAGGUACGGAUCAUGGGGGGUUGGAGAAUCACGGUGAUUAUUUCGUGACAGAAGGGCGCAUGGGACAAGUGGACGCAGCCGGGACAACCAAAUGUAACCAACAGGAUAAGCAAAACGGAAACCAAUUGGGAGACUCCUUCACAAAGUUAAGUGAACAGUCAGACGAUUCCCUCCUCUGGAAUGGCAAAAAUCUGACCGAGGUGAAGAAGAAUUACCGCUACAGUGGCACCUCUUCCCCCAUCGGGCAGGAAAAAUCACAGGAUGAGAGAAAAGACAAAUUAGAAAAAGUUAAAAAAAAAAAAAAAAAAAAAAGGGAAAAAAAGAGGGAAACAAACCAGAUGGAACGAAUGAACAAUCACCUCUACAACGGUGAGGACCACCGAACACAAGUCUCGUCAGACGAUGAUUCCUGGGUUGAGCUGCUCGAAAACUAUGACAGUGACGAAUCGCUGGAUGAUAAUGAAAAAAUAAAAGUGAAGAAAAUGCUAGAAGAUAUAGAGAACAUUAAAAAAAGGUUAGCUCAUAACAAUUUCAGCAUUACGUGUAGCUUUUCCCUGUCUAUCAAGAAAAUAUUUAUCCGCUUCUGGAAAAGGAAGAGCCCCCUAAAGGGAGGAAACAAAUCCAACGAGUUUAGAAGUCCUGAUACAUUUCAAUUAACAGAAAAUGGUGUCAACUUGGAGAAUAAAGUAUCUUCUAUAUUUGGUAGGGGAAAAAAUAAGGCCAAACUAUCCAUUGCCCAGGAUGAGGAUGAGCACAUAGCGGUUGAAGAGGGAGAUAACACGCUGCACAAUUUGACAAGGACAUUAAGGGAACACGAAAUGAAUGACUUCCACAGGAAAGACAACACAAACCUCACCGUGGAGGAAAGCAAAGAUGAUUUAUUAUAUAACAAAAACUUCAUUGCGCUUAACGAAAAUAUGCAAAAGAAUAUGUUCAAUAAUAUGCAGUAUGCCAUUCCGCUGUGCACCUUCAUUUUUUCAGAUAUAUUUUUUGUUGCAAAGGUGGAAAAAAAUAACUUCACAUACAUUUUAUAUUCCAUGAAUGGGGUGGACGUGAGGGAUGAGACCAACAUUACGCUGCUCAGCAUGAGCUCCAUUUAUCAUAGCGACUUGAAGUUUGUCAACAGGAGCGAGUUCGGCACGGACAGGGUGGAGCGCAUCUCGGGGGUGAAUUCUCGCAGUUGGGGGAGGUACAAAAGUGGGGAGAAGCUCCCAAAUGGGGAGAAUUUCCUCCGUUCGGAAAAAUCACGCAAGAUAGAGAGAGUGAACAGAACUAAAGAGAAAGGGACAAGUGAGGAUCCCCUCAAAAGUAACGAAAUGAUCGAAACGGAGGACACCUUUUUGGACUACUCCAUAAGCAACAUCGAAUUGCCGGACCUGGAGAAGACACACCUAGUGUUGCUCUACUUUGGCUACCUAUUUAAAAAUAACCACACGUUCAAAUUCAUAUUAAACAGAACGAAGGUGAAAAUAUUUUGGGAAAUUAUUGAUGAAUUUUUAACGUGGUUUUUAAGCAUUAAUGAGUUGCUACCACAAAUGAACACAAUUGAGGAGGACAUAAAUCGAAAACUGGAGGACAGUGAAGAUAUCCAUUUAGAUUAUUUGCAAAAAGUUCAACACAUAAACUAUGACGUUAUCUCCAUUAAGCAUAGCAAUACAAUCGUUUCUGGAAAUGGCACCUACAAAAUUGCUGUGGACAGUCUGAUUAACCGGUACAGUGUUAUGUUUCAGUGCAACGAAAUGGAGAGCAGCCCAAAUGGGGAGGAACACGAAACUGUUGACGCUGCAAACGAAGAUGAAAUAACCUACAUCGACGCGGAGGAUGACCCGAUGGAGAAAUACUAUCUCAUAACAGAAGAUAAAUCUAUCUGUUCCAACCAGUAUAACACAAUCAUCAUUGAAAAUGAGGAAGACAUUAAUACCACCUUGAAGGAAAUCCUACUUCACGAAAACUACUUUUUUAAUUAUACCUUUAACAAAAUAAAUAAAAAAAAAAACAUCGAAAAAAUUUUAACUGCAUAUAGUGUAAAGGGUGAUCUUCACAAAGGGAGGCAAUUUACCUCCAGUGGGUCCCACUCUAUAAUGCACGGAAGUAGCUCCAAAUGGCCUCCCCCAAAUGAACAACUACUACAGAAGAAGAAUUACCCCCCUGCUUAUCACGCCGAUAAUACGAAGAGAGGAAGCAUACCCCUUAACGACUUGGACGAACUAAACACCUGUCACGAUUGUCUCCAUUCAAAAAAUUUAGACUAUACUGCCUACACAAAGGAAGUUUGUAAAAGCAAGGCAUACCCCUAUGUCCAUGUAGACAUCGAAAUUAAUUACUUUGAAUUAUGGGUAGCUUUAGACCCUGUUAGGGUUCCGCAGAAAAGAAAAAAUUCCUACCUGUUGAGUGAGGAGGCGAAUAAGGCAUAUCCGAACGGUGGGAAAAACGUUAAAAGAAGACAAACGAGAAAGACAAGUUUGGUCGACAAAGCGAAGGAAUGGAAAAAGAAUUCCAUUAGCAGUCGGACGAAGAAAGGAGCCGAUCGGGGGAAGAAAAAACGGAAGGGGAGCGAUCCCUAUAGUCGUUACGAGAUGGAGGGGGACGGAUCUCCCCCAGAAGGGGAAUACCCAUAUGGAGAAUACCCCAACGGGGAAUGCCUCAGUGACAAACAUGAUAAUCAUGAAGAUGGAGAGAAAAGAACAGACAGGUUUAAAUUUCGCGAAAAAAUGAAGUGGUGCAAAGGCGCCAACAUCGAUAAACCCUACGUUUUGGCGACGAAGGGGUGCCUGAAGUCUGUGAUUUUUUUCUUGCUCUAUAAGGAGAGUUUAGAAGAGAGGGGGGAGGAAAAAGAAGCCGCACGGGAAUACUCCGGAGAUGGCAGUAACAGAAACAGUGGCGAUGAUAGCAGCAAUAACGGCAAUGAAGGAGAAUCCUCUUCCCGGGUGCGCUGGCUAAGGGAUACGCCCACGAAGGAGUUUCCCCAAGGCAGCCAAACGGUCAGCAACAAUUCGAGUAACCCGGAAAAGAAAAAUAACCCUCACGACCAAAUGGAGGCACUAAAAAUUAAAGUUAUGGACGCAUUGGGUCAUUCCAAUUUGAAUAAAGUACUAGACGCAAACGAUUUUGUGAAAAGCACAUUCAUGCAGUGGAUUAUCCAAGUGUCCUCAUACCUCCCAUGCAUACUAAAUAUGAAUAUAUUUCUUUCCCAAAUUACUAGUGCUAUAAGUAGACCAGUGACAAGAAGCCCCUUCCUCAGGGCCUACAUCGAUUGGAACAAUGUGCCCUACAAUAACAUCCUCCUACAACCAUGCAGAGUAAACCUAAACUUCGAAAUGAAAAUACCAAGCCCAGAAAUGUUGAUACAAAGAUGUUUAGGGAUAAAUAAAAUAACGAGCAUAAAAAUUGCACAGAAGGAUAGCCUACUGGUUCAAAACGAAGUGGAAGGAAUAGACGUCAACUGUUCCUUCGAACCCAUCAUUAUGAAUGUGGAUUCUAACGCGUUAACCCUACUCAACCAGCUAUGCAACAUACUACUGGACUUUUCGACCUACUUCUUCGAUUUAUGCUCAUCGAAGGAGAAGGAAGAAGAAGAGGACUUCCUGAUAAGAGGUACAUCCACGAAUGAUAAUUUUUAUGACCACACAAGUGACCUACUACUCAGUGAUAGUUUUUAUUUCAAUGUUAUGGAUGCUUCUACAAGCGCCAUGUCAAGUGCAUAUUCGCUGAGUGACGCGGAUUCCCCACUUUCGAAGCGCCACCAUUUGGAAGAAGAAAUCCGCUCCUUCAAGAAAGACGAACUGAGUAGACUAUUCGUCAGUUUUUGCCUAACCCCUGAAGGUAAGACACAUUCUAAUCCAUUCGGUGGAGUGAAAUCCGCUGGAGGGGACAACCUCGACGGGGUAAAAACUUUUCGAACCGUAAAGAGUGUUAUAGCUAGCCAAAAUGAAAAGAAUCGAUUUGACCUACCGAGCAGGGAACACCUCUUUAGACACAACUCAGAAAAUCACAUUGUAAAAAAAAAGGAUGACAUGAACAUGACGCUCAGGGACUCUAACGAAAGGGUUAAAAGUCAGACGGAUUUACCAUUAGACUCCAACACACUCAACAUGCUUAUGAUGAAUUUUGUAGAAAAUAUCAAAAUGAAUUGUAACGUCAAUUUCGAUGUAAUAAUUUUGCAAGUAUGGGAUUCGAACACGGCCUACAAUAGGUGCUCUCUAAAUUUUGUCAUCGAGUAUUUUUCCUUCCAUUUAUAUUCCCUAAACAUUUAUGAGCAGAGUGUAGAAGGGGCAGGGGCAGACGGAGUAAGAGGAGGAGGAAAUUCCCAAUUGCUGGAUGAUCAAAGGGACCUUUCCCCAGGGAGAAGUGGAAAAGAUGGCAUAACGACUCACUGUCUGGGUGAUGACAUGCAUUUCGAACCGGAUAUCCGCUUGGGCAGAAACUCGGAGGUCUCUUCCAACCGCUUCAGCAAAAUUGGUAGAGAGAAGAAUGCCCAAUUGGAAGGGGCAUCAUAUGAGGAGGUAUACUCACGUGAGACUUCGCACAGAGUGUGGGCCAGAAAUGGCGAAAGGGGGUCUGCUUCCACGCCGCCUGAAUUGAAACGCCCAAAUGAGAAUAAAAGCCAAAUAUACAUGUGUAGCAAAAGCGAUGAGCAGAAUGACAAUCGGAGGGGGACAGACAUAACCAGGGAAAUGGAUGAUAUUACCAAUGCUAUGACCCCACAGGGGGGGGAAAUUCCUCCAGAUGAAGCCAAAGGAAACCAUUUGAAGAACGACUUGUCAGACUCGAACCAGUGCGGAGAAGAAAACAAAGGGUGGAGGAAAUUAUUCAAUAGGAAGAAUUUCAUAAAAAACAUUGAACUGUUCUAUGUACAAAUAAAGAAAAUAUUCCAGAAGAUAUUUUUUAAAAAAAAGGAAACCGAAAUGGUCCAACUGGGUCAAACGGGUCAAAUGGACCGAGUCAACCGAAUGGAGAGUAAUACAAAGCACAAUUUUAGCAAAUUAAAAAAUGAAAACAGAAAAUAUCAAAACGGAAAUCAAAUCUUCAUGAAUAAUGAAUACAUGUUUACUGAUCUAAAAAAUUACAACGAGAAUAAAAAGAGCAAAAAUGUGGAAUGUAAGAUCGAAUUUUUAGUCUACUGUGAAAAUUUUAACAAAAAGGAAAAUUCCUACCAAACAUUUGUCGAACCUGUGCGUGUAGAAAUUAUAGCUGUGAAAAAGGACCUAACGUCUCCAAUACAUCUGUACUACUAUUUCUCAUGGCUGAAUAUUAACCUCAAUUUUAACAUCCUGGAUAAUAUCCUCUCCCUAUGCUGUAGUGUCAUUUUUUCUAUAAUAACACAGAGAACGCGUCUGCUUCUAGGCAGGCACAUAAAUGAGAUAGACAAAAAGAGAAACAUGAAAAAACUUCCUCCGGGAGGAAAAAACGACAAAAAUGAAGAACUCUCUUCCAAAAAUGUACAUACAAAUAAUGUCAUAUACCAAACAGAAUAUGAGGACAACAAUACGGAGAAGAAAAACAUCAGCGAAAUGGAUGACACGUACACGUCCAUGUGUUGGCCAAAAUGCUACGCUGUCAUGCAUGACGAACAGUACAAGGAUAUUCCCCUACUUACAAAUGAUCACAUCCUAUUUAGAUAUAACAAAUUUGACGUCCUGCAUAGCGUAAAUCGAUCCCUAGACACGUACAUUUUUGGAGAGUUCAUUUUGGAGAAGCUUUUGAGAAAUUAUCAGUACUCGUGCCAGUAUCCAGGGGACUAUCUAGCCAAGUAUGAAAACGAAUUUAAUGUGGACAAGUCUGAUUCUGCCUCGGAGCAGCUCAUUCACAUUAAAUUGUUUAACUAUAUUAAGAGGAAGAAGAGACUUGAAAUGAAUAAUAUUUGUAAGAUUAACAAUUUGCUUGGUCAGCCUAUUGCUAUAUGCACCAUACAGGAGGAGAGCGAUUUGUCCUACGAGGAGAGGGAAGGCCUCUAUUCGGAGGCAAGGAGGAACUCCUUCGGGGGGACGCAAUAUUGCGAUAAUAAACAGAGUCUCCUCUUGUCCACCAUCGAUAGGAUAUCAAGGAAGAAGUUAUUUCAAGGUGGAGUUGGCCGACACGCCGCAUUGCCAAACAGCGGGAUAACGAACAGAGACAGACAGAAUCAUCCCACCCGUUCGAAGCGUACCUCGCAUGCAAAAGGAAGAAGGAGCAGUGACAAUCGCUCACCUGGUGGAGAAAACACCCUCACGAAGGAAAAAGAAAAAAACAAUUAUUCGUCCGACCCGAAUGAUCUGAAUGCGGAUCACACAGACACGUCCACGACGCACAGCAGAAAUGCACUCAAGUACCAGUGGAAAAUAUUAAGUAAUAACGAAUCGCUAGAUUUGCCAACACACAAAAAUGGAAAAGUGAAAUUCUUCCUAAUCCGAUUCAGACUACUUAAUUACAUAUAUGACAUCCCAUCAAGCAUACUCAACACGCGGAAUGAGAAUGAAGAUAUUAUCCGGUUGGUCAUUCCAGAGAGGAGAUUACCUCCAAAUAUAAACGCACAAGUGGAGGAAGAACUAUACAAUGAGCAACUCCUAGAAAUGGAUAACUUAUCCGUUGAAAGUAAUUAUCAUACUCUAUACCCAUCUAAUUACACCUCGAAAAGGAAUACUAAUACAAAUAAAGAAGAAGUGUGGAAACCUGCCAACAUUCCACAACCACGAAAUCAUUUGUUCAUAUUCUUCCGGACAAGUAGCAGAAUCAGUCAUGAAGAAAAACAGGAGUAUGACUUCUUCCUGUCAUCUAUCGUGGCUGUUAAGAAUAAUACAGAUUUCCCACUUUAUGUUUUCAAAUCAGUACCAGGAAAUUCAAACCGGAAUGGAAUUUUUAAAGAGUAUUUUCACAAGUACAACACAGUACCUUCCCCCCCACCAACGUACACGCUAAAAAUUGAUAAAAAAAUUGAGAAGUUUAUCCAACAUAGUGUGGCAGAAAAUAACACCCUCAGUGAGGAAAAAAAAAAAAAAAAGACAACUAGUAAAAAUGACGUACGGAGCAGUUGGACAAACCAAAUGAACAGUCAGAAUAAUCCUUACCAUGAAAGCACAAAUAACAAAGAAAAAGCUAUCAACUAUAUUCAACAUAAGUCCUACUUGUAUGGAAGGAAAUGCAUUAAGAAUAUAUUUCCAUUAAUGAAACUGUCCUCCGUAGAGCAUUACAUCUCGGGUGAUAUCAAAUUUAGCUCAUUAGCACCUUUGAAAUAUAAGAGGAAGAAAAGAAAAAAAGGAAGAAAAAGUAAGCAAAAGCAUGAAUUACAGAAGAGAUUUAUUAAAAGAAAAAUUAAAGAAAUUUACCUCAAGAAGUUUUUUAAAAAGUCGAAACAUAAAAGGAUUAGCAAAUAUGAAAAUGGUCUCCUCUCUCGUGAAAAGUUUAGGGAUUUUUCUGGACAAGCCAAUCCGUACAGAAAUAUAAUGUCCAUAAAUGAUUCAUUUUUCAGUUUCGCCAAGAGAUCUUCCCAGCCAUCUGCAUCGUCGUCCGCUUCCUCUGCCGCGUCUUCCUCAUUGACAUCACCCCCACUGGGCGUAGCUAAGAACACUUCAACCACGUCAGUGAGCAUGACGGAUUUGUCCAACAUAACCUUGUCGUCAUUGUCCAAUUCGAUUUUCUCCAUGGAAAGUACCCCAAGUAACAGUUCCGCUUAUGGAAAUUCCUUGUGCGAUUAUGAUAAAGACAAUUCUGAGGAGCAGGCACUUCUUAAUGAGUACUUUAAAAAGGAGCAAGCAAAUGCGCAAGGUGGACUGGAUCUCAUCAAAAUAUCGAGCAAUAGUAAUAAAUUAAUCCCUAUACCUUUGUACUGGCUCGUAGCAGAAAAUUCAUUCAUAUGGCUCUCAAUACAGAAUGAAAAAAUAUACAAACAGGAUUUAUAUGAUUUUUUGAAUGACCAUCAGAAUGCAGAUUAUAUGUGUACAAAGGGAACAUUGGACAAUAUGCUAAAUUACCACUCACCUUUCCUUGCCGACACGGCGAAGGCAUUCAAACCUUCCAUAAUUAGGUUAAGAAACCAUCUGCUAAAAGAAAAUAACAUUUUAACAAAAGAGGGAAAUAAAAAUAAUCCGAAUUUAUCCAACAGUUACAAUUUAAACUACAUGAAUUUGAAGGAGGUGUACUUCACGUCCACCAUCAUCAGCGUCUACAAUCCCAAUUAUGUCCUACAUAAGAAGGACGCUCAUAAUUUCUUCCAAAUAAGUAUUGAUCACGCCCUCAUGAUUAAUAAUGGAUUACCAAGAACCAUGUGUCUGACCUAUGAGGUCCUCAAACCAAAGUCCACUAAGAGUCUGAAAAAGAGCACUAGCACUUACACCACUUUUCCAUCGGUGGAGCGCUCCAAUAGGCAGAAAACGUAUCUUGCCACUGAUGAGUCGCUCUCUGUCGUUGACUCCUACGUUAGAAGAACCGACGAGAGUGUCUGUGAUCGGUGUUGCCGCGGUGAGGAGUUCGCCUCGAGUGAGCAGCUCCAAUCUAGUGAGAGACUCACCCCGAGUGAUGCCUACCAUACUGCCCAAACGGAUGCACAAAGUACAAGUCAGGAGCGCUGUAACACGGAUGGUGUGCAGGAUGAAGAUGUAGACAUUACGCGCAAUGAGGUGGAGAAUUUUACGGACAAAUACCCACAGAAUAGAGACAACAAAAGUGAGCAGAGGAAGGAAGAUCCAAAGAGAAGCAUCCUCUUUUCUGACAACCUGAAGGAGAAAAAAACAAACCUAACUCGAAUCACACACAAUGGAGAAAUUGUCUCCAUGAAGGACAAAGAGAUUUUGCUCAAGGAAGUUAACAAUGAUAAAAAUGUGUUCAUAUAUAAAAACAAAAAAAAGGAAAACAGCCAAAAUGCGGAAAAUACCAAUGGGAAGAUAUACAUGGAAGAAACGAAUUUUAUUGUUACUAUAAAAAAAGAGGGCAAUAAGGAUAUACACGAAAUUAGGAUUGAUCCAGGGCAAAACAUAAAGCUACCGUUCGUUCCUCACAAUAUUAAUAUCUCUUUCGAUGGAUACAAUUCGAGGAGUAUUUCAAUUAACUACCCUCAUAAGAAGGGGCGGGAGAAAAUCAUCCUCGAGAAGGAGGUGAAAGAGGAUAUGGCGUCGUUUUUCUCGCUUGACUAUAGGGAGGAAGGGAUACCCAAUUAUGGGGCGACUGUUGGGAGCUCCCCUGAUGGAAGCAGCGCGAGUGGGGGCAACUACUCCGAGGCUGUAGUGAAGAUCGACCAGGUUGUACACUCCAACCGGAUAACACAUACGAACUACUCCAGUCACAGUCUAGAUAAUGAAUCCUCACAGAGGGGGAAAAUGUAUGCGAACGCACGCACAGUGGCCCUCGGCGAAAUAAAAGACUACAUAAAAUAUGGAGACCUAAACAACGUCAAAUGGAAAAAUGAUCAGCUUCAGCAAAAACGAGAAACUUAUAAAUCGUCCAAAACUGAGGAAGGACAAAAACAGCUAACCAUAUGGGCCAUAUUCAACGAAUUUUACGAAACAGGAAAAAACAGAUACCAAGACAUCUCCUUGGAAAAAAUUCACCAUGCAACAUAUUCAGUGUCCUGCACAUUUUUCGUCUCAGCUUGUGUAAUUAACCGAUUGAACUACCCCAUUACGUUAAAAAGAAUAAAUAACGACAACAUGAUAGUGAUCGAGCCAUAUGUACGAAAAUUAUUGCCCUGCGAAUUUGCCAUGAGAAGGAACCGAGUUGUUAUAUCCUAUGAAACACUCAAGGAAGUAAAAAACUGGAUCAAUUAUCCUUUAAAGAAAUUUAUGAUUAAAAGGAAGAAAUUGAAAAGGACCAGAAAUAUUAUAAAAAAAAAGAAUCACAAAAUUGUAAGUAGUAGUACCCUCAUGCAGAACGAACAAAUAAAAUCGGAAGAGAUAGACAAUCAACAAAUAGAGGGAGAACAACAGAACAGUGGUGAGCCCAUCCAGAAUGACAUUUCAGAGAAGGUUGAACCGAACCAUAUACACAUGAUAAGUAAGAAUAGAUCGAAUCUGUUUCACCAAAUGAAAAGAACAAAAGGCAACUGCUUCUUUUACAGGAGCAAUAUUAACAAACCUCUGGAAUCUGAAGACUUUAGGAUAACAGAUUUGUCCAUCACCAGAUUGACUUGCUCAAACAAAAAUAAAAAUGUACCACAGUUGAAGUACAGCGUAUAUAUGUCCAUCGCCCCCAUGCCCUUCUUUCGAACAACUGUUAUGGAGAUACUACCCUACAUAGUUAUAAUAAACAACACAAAGAUGAAUAUCGUUUUCCAGGAGUAUAUUAAAAAUUACACCUAUUUUAAGUAUAACAUUUUGGAGCCAGGGGCAUUUGUCGAAUUUCACCCACAGUCUAAAAAAAAAGCUAUGUUGAAAAUUUGCGGCAUUUUUGAAAACAGCUUCAAUUACCUCAUUGAUGAUUAUUUGCAGAAGGAGUUGUACUUGGAAAAUUUGGAGAAAGAGAAUGAAAAACUGUUGGGGGGGAUAAAGGAGGAGGAUUGCGCGCGGGAGGAUGAUUCCAAAACUAAGGGUGACUUCCCCACCGGCGGCAACCCACUAUCCAACUGUAACUUACCCGACGACAGAGGUAUUGCUGUUCUUCCCUUGAAUGACAUCUCAGACAAGCUGAGCGUCCUGGUGAACAUCGAACGGGAAAACCAUCACAUGUUCCACCAGCAGUCGUCCUCCUCGAAAAGCACCUGCAGCACUAGUGCGCAGAACUCCCUUGAGAAGGAUGGUGUGGAGAGAGCCAAUCAAAACGACACGAGACCUAAUGACAUGGUGAAGAAAUACAAAAAAGUGGACGCGUUUAAAUUUCUCUACUGGUCGGAAGUGCUGGACUUGACCAGAGUGAGCAUGAUCUAUUUCCGCCAUCCAGUUGUAUCGAAUGAAAAUUUUAAGAAGGAAGAAAAGAAACUUAAAAAACUAAAUCUCCUUCUAAAAAAUCAUGGCAAAAACGACGUUACUUAUUUAAAUAUAUCCAAAGAGCUAUUAAAAACAAGUAGCAUACCCUAUGAGUACACCUGCUGUUCAAUGGAGAUAUCCACCUACAAGGGGUGCAAAUUUGUGCGCUUCCAAGACAUCGAUGUGGUGCCAUUUUACCUCUUAAAUUUAACCAAGUACAACAUUAAGUUGAGACAGCUAGGCAUAUAUGAGCACUCCGAAGUGUUGCGGAAAAUUCCGAAAAAGAAGAAAAAAUCCUUCGACGAAAUAUUCAAAAAUUACGCCUUCAAUUUCUCAUUUUACAACCCGUAUAAGGAUCCCAAGCUCAAGGUCAGCAUACUUUCCUCGAGCAAGAAGAACGAACAAAAUAAAAAGGAAAAGAAGGGCAACAAAAGCGGCCACAAUAACAGCAAGAGUAAGAACAACUUGAGGUAUGCAAACACGCUGAAGAUAAAUCUGAAGAACGAACUCAACUACCUCAGCCUCUUGGCUACCAACUACUUGAAGGACAACGAAUAUGCGAAAAUUAUUAACGAUAAAAUUUUUCACUUGAAACGAUUUUCAGAACAAGUGGAAAAUUUAAAUGAUGGAAAUUUAAACAUAAUCGAUUUGGCGAACUCCACCAACGUCACUUUGUUAAAAUUGAGACAGGGAGAUGCAUUCGUUUACAUUCUCUGCUCUAAAAAAACGUAUAACGGGAAGACCAUCUUCUCGUUCGAAAAUUACGACGAUCUUAUAAGCAACGUUUUGAAUUUCAGGAGUGCAUCCCUCAGCCGUAAGAACAAUUACAAGCUGCUCAAGUCGUUACAUGUUUUCAGCAACAAGAUAAAGAACGCUUACUUCAGGGGAAGGAACAAAAAGCAGGACAAGCGGAAGAGGAGCCGCAAGGGCAGAAAGGAUUCCAUCGGGGGGCAGCACGCAUCAACUGGGGAGUACACCCCGAAUGGACUGUAUGCACAUGGCGGACACGAGAUAACCACUCCCCAAAAUCGCGCACAUCCGAAGAAGCGGCAAAACGCAAACCGAUGGCACUUACUGAACCUGUUUAGAAAAAGAAGCACCACGCGUUCUGUUGAUAAGGGACCGCGGAUAACCCACCUUAUUAGAGACCUAUAUGAGAAAAAAAUGAUCAACAGGGAAGAAAAAAAAAAAGACACAUUAAAUUUAAACAUAUUUGCGCACUUCAUUUUUAAGGGAGUAGGGUUAAGCAUCAAUAACCACAACUUAGAAGAAAUCCUCUACUUCUCCAUGGAAUAUAUAUUAGUUGUAUACAAACAGAUAAAUGACAAGGAUUUGUUUCACUUAAAGAUAGGAUGGCUGCAAAUAGACAACCACACGAAGAACACGGAUUAUAAGAAUGUGCUGUUGCCAAUUAUAGAUUUGAAGAAGAGCCACCAAGUGGAAAAUUCAACACAAGAGCAGAAUGAGGAUCGUGCCUUCCUACCUAAUGGAGGAAAUACCUUCGUAAGGAAGUUACGCACAGAGGACAUGACCAUUCUUUAUCGCUCAAAGAGGGGAAAGUCAAAUGAUACCUUUUCCCAUCACAUCAGGGACGAAAAUGAAUACUGCAAAAUGAAUUCUAGGAAUAUAUUAAGGCCGGUGGGACUUACUAAAAACAAAUCCUGCGAGGAUUAUUCCUAUUUCGAGAAAGAUAAUCUGCUAAUCAGUCCAAACACGAAUAACCCCUUGUCUAAUUCUUACAAAAUGUUCAUCCCUUCCUUUUUCUACGCACAACAUAACUCCGUUUUGGACGUCAUUAUAGUAAAGCAGAAGAGAGGAAACAUGAAGAACUUCCUCGAACUGUCAGAUGUGAAUAUCAAACUUUCCCCUUUGAGUAUAAAUGUGGACUCCUACUUUAUCAUCGAAAUUUUGAAGAUUUUCGACGAACUGUUAAAAAUUCUUGAGUAUGAUUUGACCAAUUAUAAUUCGCUCAACUUGGAGAAGAACAUCGAAUUGAGGGACACCGAUUAUGACAGCUUGGAGUACAAACAAAAUAUGGGCCCAGUGGACGAGCUUAUCAAGCAUUACAUUCUGAAGGACUAUCACUUAUAUGAACAGAUAGCCAACUUCAAAUUUAACGACAUCCGCAAUGAGCAAAAGGAGAAGGAGAAAAAAUUGACGAAUAAGAGAAAGAAAAAGACGAAAAAGAAGGACGGGGAGGGAAGCCACGACGAAACGACUAGCAGCAACAUUUUCCACUCCAAUAGGUUUUUUAACAAAUCAGACAAUGAGGUGCCCGACGUGAGGACCUACAUUAGUAUGAUAAAUGAGUACAAAAAUUGGGGGAACCGCGGAGACCAGGCAGCCACGGGAAGUGACCAGGAUGGUCACGCUGAGGGGACUGACCCCUUGGGAGGAUUGAACAAACAGAGGCGCAUCCCCGCGGGUAACACCACAGGUAAUUGUGCAGGUGGACGGAAAGACACCAUGCUUAAGCAUACAAGUGGCGUGCCUUGCCCAGGUGGGUACACCCACGGGGAAGAAGAAAUGCUAACCCAGAUUACAACUUCAAAUAACAGAAAACGAAACAACCUAAGGAGCAACUACAACUCAGACAACAUGUAUAAUGAAAAAAAACUCAAGUACCUGCAAUCCUGCGAAAAGUAUUACAAGAAUUUGCUAAACAAUCGAAAACGUAUCUUGAAGAAGAUCCAAAACAUUAACAUGAAAAAUAACCUAAUCAGUUUCGACAAAAUAUUUAUCUCCAAAUUAGAAAUUAACGAAAUUAAAUUAAUCAUUAACAUAAAAAAUAGAAUCCUAAGCUACGACAAGAAAAGUGAAAUAAUGGAGUCUAACGUGAUGAACGCUUUGGUUGUCCUUAUAAUGAACAUACCUAACAUAAGUGACGCACAUUUACACUUUGAAAAAGAGGUUAAAAAAAAUAUGUGUGGUUCGUUAUACGUAUUAAUAUUUAACGAAAUUAUGAAUGACUAUAUAAACCCUGGCAUGAAUCAAAUGUUCAAUGUUCUCGGGGCUGUAGAUUUUAUUGGAAAUCCUUUAAUAAUUUAUAAGCAUUGGAAAAAGGGUUACAACACCUUUAUUAAGGACUUAAAGAAAAGUUUGGAUUCGUGUUCUUUUCCUUUUUUAUUUGGUAUUUUACUUCUGAACAUACUUGGCCGAUUUGGAAGGAGCUUACUUUCAGGGAUCCUCGAAGGAGUGAGUAGACUGUGUGGAAGUUGGAGUACCUGCUUUGAACGAUUUUCUAGAAAUGCAGAUAAUUUCAGCAUCGUCACAAAUAGCAAUGUUUUACAAAAUGAAAUUCUAGAUCAACCAUCCAAUUGCGCGGAAGGAAUAUGCUACGGGUGUCAAUCAUUUGUAAACAUCCUCACCAUCAGCUGCGUCAAUACGAUUUAUAAACCAUUCAUGGCAAUAAAAAAAAUUAAAGGUUUUCGAAAAAAGGAAAAAGACAAAUUCAAGAUAUUCCUUUCAGUGGCAAAACUUAUGUUCUAUGGUUUGUUCAGCGCAUUUAGCAGCCUAUUCUUUGGAUUAUUCAAUAGCAUCCUCUCAUUUUUCACCUUUCUAUUUAUCGGCACAUUAAACCAAAUACAAACGGUAACUAUGAAAUCCGUCGUUAGGCCAAAAAAAAUGAGCGUCAUUAAGGAAUACGCCAAAUUUGUUAACUAUGAAUACCCACUGUCUUUCUCUAAUCAUAUCAUUAAUGAAAAAAAAAAAAAAAAAGAAUUUCUAAAAAGAAACAUUGUAGCUGUAAUUCCGUUAUAUUCCUUCAAAGACAACAACGCUAGCAGCAUAAAAAGCUUCCUCUGGGUUAGCAACAAAGAAGUGGGCUAUUGCCAGAGGGAUAAAUUGCUUUGGUCCCUGUUCACCAACUGCAUCAUUAAAGUUGACAUACUGCUUAUCCAGGUGGAUCAUGGUCAGGGGAAGAAAAAACUAUCCAUAUUAAGUCGAAAUAAAAACAAAAUAAAAAGCAAGCGGUCAAAUUUUAGUACAAGGGAUAAGGAGGAUGACCAGCCAGUUAAAACCAAGUGGAACUUUCAUACAUUUUUCUAUCCGCAAAAGUACAGACAGUUGGGAGACUUCAAACCAUCUUACUACAUUAGGAUACUCUACCGAUCUGUGCAUAAGGUAAAAAGGUCCCACCGGAAACCCAAGUUCAGGAACUUCUCCUUCAGGAAAAAGGACGACUCCAUCCGGAGGCUGAAGCAAAUUAUGCGAAAAAACACAUACGAAAGGUACUUUGACAAGCAGUUCAGGAAUGAGCAGCUGGACUACCAGGAAGCAGACCAGGGUGACAACCCGAGUGAGGCCGACAAGGGAGACCAUCAUGACCGACAUAAUGGCCACCAUAAAUAUCGCCACACAAGCAAUCACCAUCGCGUGGAUAACCAUUGUGACCAUGACAGACGAGCCUUGCCCACCAAACUGUGCAAGACGCACCACAAAGUGAACAACUACUACACCAAAAAUUAUGCGCGUGGGUCCACACAAAACAAGGCCAAUAGACAAAAUGACGUGGAGGAAGACGUACUGCACGAUGGAAAUAAUUACUGCGAGAGGGAAAGGAAGUACCCAAGUAGUCGCCCAAGUAGUCGUGUGGGAAAAGGACAGAAGCUGCGUGAUGAUACUCUCCCAAGGGGUGAAAAAAAGAGCAGAUUAAAAAAAAAAGGUAUGUAUCCAUACCAACAAAAGGAUGUGAACAUUAGUGAAGAUUCUAGAGAAAUGGACAAAUUGAAACAUAAGAAAAAACACGCAAGGAAACAUCAUACACAUAAAAAAAAAAAUUUUUUAUAUAUUUCAAAAUUGGUUAAAUGCGAAUCGAAGGAAGUUGCUCUGCACGCCUUUUCCCUUCUCCUAUCCUUUUUGGUGCAUAAAUCUCCGUACUACUUAAAAACUGCGAAUUAG